UAUAAUCUGUCACAUAUACUGACAUAAUUCUAUGGUAGCGUUCCUUUGUUUGCCAUUCGUUCGUCUCUUGCUACAAUACAUUCGUUCUUUCAGUCUGCUCUCAACCUCUGAAGGAGGUGGUUUACUCGUUUUUGGCAAUAGCUUAUCGCGUUACGGUGUGAUUUGUGUUUGUAUUGUGGUGUACAAUGGCUUACAACGGUGGUGGUGGCAAGAGACUGUGCAGCGGGACUGAUUUGGACGUGGAAAGGAGUAAUGGAAACAAUUACAAUAUGUCGGGCGAGCCGCGGCGCAAGCGCGAGCCGCCCGCGCGCCCCAACCACAUCCUGCUCUACACCAUCAUCAACCCCGCAUACCCCAUCACUGUGGACGUGGUACACACAAUCAGCACGCCGCACGGGCAGGUGCAGAGGAUCGUUGUGUUCAAGAAGAACGGUGUGCAGGCGAUGGUUGAGUUCGAGAGCAUCGAGUCAGCGACGCGAGCGAAAGAGGCGCUACACGGCUGCGACAUAUACUCCGGAUGCUGCACACUCAAGAUUGAAUUUGCUAAGCCUGAAAGACUGAAUGUAUUCAAAAAUGACCAGGACAGUUGGGACUACACAUUGUCGGAGGAGGUGCAGCCAGCACAGCGCAGCGCGCCGCUUCUGCAGUCGCCUCAGUACACAGGGGGACGCCCGCAGCCAUACAGUACUACAUUUGACGAUCCUGCCACAGCAACCACACAACAGUCCAGACCUUGCAGCGAAGACUCCUGCAGUCAGCACAGCCAGCACUCCUGCGACCACGCGGCUAACGAUAUGGACUUCGGCAGCGGCGGCCCACCGCCUCCUGGUAUGAUGAAAGACAGACACGGGCCGCCCCCACCACACCAUCCGAUGUCUCUUUUUCAGCGCGACGGUCGCGGGUACGGGCCGGAGGGGUACGGCGGGGAGGGGUUCGUCCCGCCACCCCCCAUGCACCACCCCAUGCCGCCACAGAAUCAGGUAUUUGAUUCUAGACUAGAGUCGCAAGGCGCUCCUCCCCAGCAGGGCGCGGUGAUGAUGGUGUACGGGCUGGACCCCGCCACCGUCAACGCGGACCGCCUCUUCAACCUCUGCUGCCUCUACGGGAACGUCGUCAGAAUAAAGUUCUUGAAAACGAAAGAAGGCACCGCCAUGGUACAGAUGGGGGACGCGGUGUCGGUGGAGCGAUGCGUACAGAACCUGAACAAUGUCACGGUCGGAGACUACACGCUCACACUCGCAUUCUCAAAACAGGCGUACCUAUCGGAGGUGAUGAACCCAUAUCCUCUCCCAGACAAGAGUCCCUCGUUCAAAGACUACGUCGGCAACAAGAACAAUCGCUUCCUCACGCCCGCCUCCAUACACAAGAACCGGAUACAGCCUCCCUCAAAGGUGUUGCACUUCUUCAACACCCCUCCAGAUGUAUCAGACGAGCAGCUGCUGCAGGUGUUCAAGGACUACGGCGUCACUCCGCCGCACACCAUCUCCAAGUUCCCGCUCAAGAGUGAGAGGUCGUCGUCGGGGCUGAUGGAGUUCCAGAACAUAUCGCAGUCCGUGAUGGCCAUCAUGGCGUGUAAUCACGCCACCAUACAGCACCCAGGCGCGAAGUUCCCGUUCGUAAUGAAGCUGUGCUUCUCAUCGUCGCGGCAGAUCGGCCAGGGCAAGGGGCCCGCGACGCCCAAGCCGCCCCACCAGUCCAACCAGACCCCCGACCAGAGGCCCGGCCAGAACAACGGCCUCGAGCACGACUACUACUAACGGCGAUCUGGCGGGGCACACACAAACACACAUAUCAAGACGGACGGCAACACAUAGACACACACAGGCACACCACUACGAGUGCGGGGAUGGGGGGAGACGGCAUUGCCAUUGCUAAAA